UGGAACCUCAACCCAGCACGUUAUCGUGAUAGAGUCUGCAGAUGCAGAGGCUGCAGUUCCUGGUGUCAAGCAAGAGAGGUCUGAAGGAAAGGAGGACCCACGGCACAGCAGAGACAUCCAGACUGGAGGGUCUGGAGCGCCACCUGUAGCCACGGAGGACAACACCACCACCCCAGCGCAGCCCUGGACCCGAAGCAGCAUCACGGAGGUCAGUGGAACGCAGAACGCCGUUCUCAAGUCAGCGACAGACACCAAGACUAUAACUGUAACACACAGGCUCUUACACACAGGAUCUGACCACAUAUCAGACCAAGAGAGACUGGGGCUGGGGAUACUGGGCUGUCCUCCUGCUCCUGGCUCAGAUUAUUUACCGGUAUUUCACCAGAGCCAGAGGACGGUUCAUUCCCGUGGAGAUGGUGAUGGUGAUGCGUUAGACACUGGCGGUGAUGUUCCGUCUUGUUCUUAUUCUACAGAGAUGGACCCUGGCAACAUGCCCUUGGGUUUAGAGACACAGACUGAUCUGUCUAGAGGGGACUGGAACCAGUACAGUAGUAGUGUAUACUCUGAAGGGUGCCUAGAUAAGAAAGGGGAGGGUCUGGUCGUAGAUGACGUGACUGUGAAAGUGGAGGGUGACGUUCCUCCCACAUGGAAUGCAGAUAGUAACCUAGGAGACGGACACUCACAGGGCAGAGAUUUCUUAGAUUACAGGGAAAGCUUAGAGACAAAUCCAAAUGUUGCGACCCACUCUCCUUUACACUUGUUCAGGGAUCACGACCCAGUGUCCACAUCGAUGGGACCUUCCGAUUCACACAGCCACAUGCUUUUCGAUCAAGUUUUGAACUCAAAUGACAGGGCUAGAGCCCAGGCUCAGGGUGGGGGAGCCACAUCAGGCAAUAGUAAAGAGAAAAGGUUCAGCUGUACCCAGUGUCACAUGCGCUUCACCGAGGCAGGCACCCUGAAGAGGCACCAGAGGGUCCACACAGGGGAGAAACCCUACAGCUGCCCCCAGUGUGUGAAGAGGUUCUCCCGCCAGGACCAUCUGAAGAUGCACCUGAAGAUACACACGGGAGAGAGGCCGUUUGCCUGUAUACACUGCGGGAAGAGGUUUUCAGAGAGGAGCUACCUCAGGAUACACCUGCAGAAAAACCAUUCCACUCUAUAACAUAGAAAGUAACCAUUCCACUCGAUAGCUUUUGACGUUUAGAUCAAUCCCUGUAUUAAAGGUAGACUCAGCGAGAUGAUGUAGAUGCACAAAGUAAACCGCAGUAGUGGGUCAAUUUCCACAACAACUAAGUGCGUUGAAAUGCAAGGCCCAGACAUUGUGGGAUAUACAGGUGCAGCUCAAUAAAUUAGAAUGUUGUGGAAAGUUAAGU